AUGUCGGCCGAGGUGAUCAUCGGCAUCGACAUUGGUGCCAGCGGCACUGGUGUCGCCUGGAGCAAGAGAGGAACCGGCGAAAUUAAGUUCUUGCUCUGGGAUGAAACCCCGGAUAUGGUUGACUCCAACCAGACUAUUCUAUCGCGACCAAGAGGUGUACGUGAGUGGUUUAAGCUUGACCUGGACAAAGGCCUGGAGGGAGUUGACAAAGCGCGACGACCGUACGCCAGCUUUAUGGAAAAGCUCCAUGAAGAGAUUUCAGGUCGUUAUGCCUCCGAGAUGCUGGGCAAGACACCUUGGGAAGAGGCAAGACUUCGUUUUCUUUUCAGCGUCCCAGCCACCUGGGACGCACCUACCGUUGAGGCCUUUCGAGAUUUUGCCUCCGCCGCGGGGUUUGACAGUCCUUGCGGCCACAGCCUGGAUAUUGGCUUGACCGAGCCCCAAGCUGUCGCUGCAUUCCAGCUUUGCUGCGACGAAGCCACUUUCAGGUUUGAGAUAGGCAGGUCCACGUAUCCCCAGCGAGAUGUUGCUGAUGACAGGGACUUUUGCUUGUUGGAGGUCCAGCAGGACCAGAGUGGGCAACGCUAUGCUGUUGAACUGCAGCCUGCAUCUGGAAACGCCAUCGGAUCCGUUUACACCGACGAAGGAUUUGAGGACAAAGCUAAAGAGGCACUCCAGCCCCUCCACCCAGGCUCAAGUCCCACGGUCGAUUAUAUUGCAUGGAACAUGCGGAGAAGCCCCGCAUUCCAAGGUGCGAAGCACGAGUUCGGCGUCUCCCAAGAUCCGAUUCCUCCGUUCCCCCUCUCGGACUACAUGGGCGACCUGGAAGGUCCAUUACAACAUGAGAAGUUUGUUUUCGACAGACUCGACAUGAAGGGGCUCUUCGACACUCAGGUGCGAUUGUUGAAACAGCACAUCGUGAGAUCAGCAAGUUGGCUGAAGGGGCACAGAGAUUCUAGGAAUCACAUUGAUUACGUCCUACUCUCUGGGGGCCUGGGAAGCUCCGCCUAUGUCAAGCAGGAGAUCGAAAAGGUGUGCGCGAAUUUCGGUCGCGAGGAGCACAAGUUCCCGUGCAGGGCGGCCUUUGGGGUCCUCUGCGGAGUUCCCGACAGCAGAUGGGUCGAGGCAAAGUGGAAGCCGAUCCUGAAGUGGGCCAAGAAGAAGGAUCUCCCCAAAACCAAGGACUCCGCGACAGGGAAGGAACUCUACCAGUUUGUUGAUUGGUUCCUUACAAAGGACACAAUGAUCGACAAUGGUAAGGCCAUUGACUACGUGAGUCAAACGCUUGGUUCGAUGCGAGUGCACCUCUCUCGUGUCGAUGAAAGCGCCAUCGAGCGACCUCGAGGACCAAAGGGCCUCUUCCACAAGGCAAUGGCGGAGAUGCAUAUCCGAGAUUCCUUCGUCAAGGUCAAAUUCGUGAUCGAGGCCAAGAUUGGACCGGCUCACGCGAGCUUUCAGUUCUUUGAUGCCUCUAAGUCCAAGAAGCUGAGCGAGCCCGUCAAUUUCCGCCUCAAGGACAAGGACGUUGGAUUGGUUCCAUUCUCUACGGGCCUUACUCAUGUUGAAGAAGAGGCUGAGAUCGCUGCCUAG